GCCUAAUCGCAACUUGGUCCUCGUCGACGCGACUUCCAUAUAUAUCAGUAUACUUAUCGAGAUGGACAGAUGAUUUCCCGUUGUUGGCGCUCAACUUCUCUCCUCGGAGUGCGCUACUCGCUUCCAUUGAACAAAACACGAUGUCUAUCGACGCAUCCACUGGACAAGCUCCUCUCCAAGCCCGUACAGUCCUACAUUUCAACCACGCGUGAUCCAUAUCUCAAUCUAUCCAUCGAGCAUCAUAUCCUCCAAAAGGCCGACCCCGAGUCAACGAUUCUCUUUCUAUACGUCAACCGUCCCAGCAUCAUCCUCGGCCGAAAUCAAAAUCCAUGGCUGGAGGUCAAUCUUGCCCUGCUAAACACACCUGACGAUGCCUCCUCCGCCAAACCGCGGCCACAUAAUGUUGAUCUGGUCCGACGACGCAGUGGCGGCGGUACUGUAUUCCACGAUGAAGGGAACGUAAAUUGGUCGGUCAUCUGCCCUUCCGCAGAAUUUACCCGCGACAAGCACGCCGAAAUGGUCGUCCGCGCUUUACGAGGUUGUGGAAUCGAUCGAGCCCGAGUCAACACUCGACACGACAUCGUCCUUGAUCAGGGCGAGCGGAGAUCAGACACCCCCGACUCCGAAGAUACCCACGCCACGCCCUAUCAAUUGUCCGAGACCGAUAGCGCCUACACACGACCCUUGAAAGUCUCGGGCUCCGCGUACAAAUUGACACGCCGACGCGCCUUGCACCACGGAACCUGUCUCCUCUCGAGUCCCUUUCUCAGCGCGAUCCCUGAAUAUCUCCACUCGCCAGCGCGGCCGUAUCUCUCCGCACGAGGUGUAGACAGCGUGAGCUCGCCGGUGACGAACAUCAACCUUUCAAACGCUACAUUCAUCGCAGCGGUCCAGGCCGCAUUUGCAAAAAUGUAUCACGCUCUACAUGACACACCACCCGUGGAAGUUGGAGACGAUCUUUUCGGACAUGAGGAAAUACGUAAGGGCUAUGAUGAGCUUGUGUCUCCCGAAUGGAAAUUCCUCCAGACUCCGCAAUUCACCUUGAACACGAGGGGUGCUCUGAGCGAAUCGCUCCAUAACGUCGAGAUCACCGCGCGCUAUGGUGAGAUCACCGGAGUUGCAGAUACUUCGGAGCUCUCAUCUGAAACUUCGGACGAGCGCCCUUCUCCUCCUUCAGACCCUUCCUCAUUGGCUUCUCACUUGAGCGAGAUUCUGGUGGGCUAUAAGAUCAAUGAGGUGCAGGAUUGGACUGAUGUGCUCCUUCCUGCAUCUUCAUUGCCCGCCUCCGAUCCUUCGGCAAGGAAGGAGCUAGCCGACUGGCUCAAUCGGAUGUUGCCACAUGUGCGAUGACAUUUCUUCCUGACGAUGAAUGCCAAUCCAAUCCUAAAGGCUUUGAAAAGCUUAUGAAACCCGCACUUUCGCUUUGAAUCCAGAGAUUCCGAGGCCAUAUAAUUUAGAGCUUGAAUGCUUCGUCGUCCAUCUCGCGCAAGUCUAGUCAUAAUCGUCGUACUCCCCAUAAGCCCCCGUCUCGCGCUGCGUCGCACACCACUCCUCGUCCGCCAGACCAAGCUCCUUCCUUCGUUUGAGUAGUCCCGGGUCCUUAUGCCAAUCGCACGCCCAUUCGCACUUUACCGCCGUACCACUACC